CAACAACAACAACAGCAACAACAACAGCAACAGCAACAACAACAGCAACAGCAACAACAACAGCAACAGCAACAACAACAGCAACAGCAACAGCAACAACAACAGCAACAGCAGCAGGGCCAAGAUCUUGGGCUGCUCAUGCUUCAUGUUACGCGUUUCGGUACCAUCGACCACGCCUAUGUUACGUCUCAACAGCAACAACCUUCCCAUAUCCAACCUAACACGAUGAUGUCGAGCGGGUUCAUGUUUCAGGACGACGCUUCGAUCCGGGCCAUGGCCAAUACCUCUGUGAUGUCCUACACCCAUCCAGAUGAUAUCCGCACACUCUGCCGAGGAUUAGAUCGGGUCUGUAAAUCCCUCGCUGCGCCAUUUCGGAUCCGCUGGCGCGUUCCAGCAUCCCAACAGCGACAUCCGAUCAAUACAGAGGACCCGGAGUUACCCCUUGAGAGAAAGGAGGGCUCUUUGUCGCGCAUCAUUGAAUUCAAGGGGGAGUCGUUUGAGGAGUGGGUUGAUCCGAGUGCAGUGCCCGAUCCAAAGCUGACGUCCAGGGCCGCAGGCCUGAUGGUCGAUCAUCAGGAUGAUGAUAAAAAGUAUAUGUGGACUGAAAUCAGAGGUGUUCAUUCGAAUGGCCAGCCUAUGCUGGUGGUUCGCCCGCUUACGGCGGAGGAGGUACAGGAACAGCGCGAACAAGCGUCCAUGGCUGCAGGUCUUGUUAUCCCGACCAGGGAGUCUCGUCAAUAUGCCGGAAAUGGUGGGCAAGAACAGGGUGGUAAGGAAUGGAAGAGCAAGUCGAAACAGAUGGGGGUGGAUGAGGCCAUGCGCUUGCCGAGACAGUUGGGUAUCUCGGCUUUGACGACCUUGUCGACGGCCUCCUCGUGCUCUUCUUCUUCGCGACCGGACGAAGUGAUGCUUAGGAUGCCGGGUUCGCUUCCACCUUCGGCAUUAUCGACAUCCGUAGCAUGCUGUUGGAAGGCUCCUGGAGCUAUGGAUAUGUCGUCGUCGUCGUCGUCUUCUGCAGAGAUUGCGUAUCCGUCAACAUCAAGUUCGCCAUGGACGGUGUUCUUGGCGAUCGCGUUCGAUGCGUGGAAGCAGUGGAACCAGACGGUGCACGCCGGACAGGCACAGUUCCGGGACUGGUGCGAAUAUGUCCUGGAGGCGACGAUUGAUCAGUUGAUCGAGGGUGUGUCGUUGGGGAUGACGCUCUUGAGAAUUGAGAAUGGUCCCGAGUGUGAGGGUCUGGGUGCAUCUUCACAUUCGAACGCCAUUCAGGAUCGACAGCAGCAAAGGCAAUUGAUGCAGGGGACACAGGAAGAUUGUGAGGAGGUGUCGAUAGAGACCUGGGUCGACUGUCGUCUGGAUCCUGACCAACAACAUCACCACAGGCGCCCGAUGAUGAAUGCAGGGCAAAGAAAGCUGUCGGAGAUGCAUCGUGUGGAAGUCAUUCUGAAGAGUUAUCCAAACAUUGAAAGAGUGAUACGGAAGUUUGGGAACACCUGGUUGGGCCGGAAGUUCAAGAGCCGGUUGCAGCAGAAGCUCGAUAUGGCUGCGGGUCAGGUCGUGCAGUGGUGGUGUAACAAAGAGGUAGAGGAGGAAGGUUCCUCCUUGGUUGUAUCCGUGGAUCAGUUGAACGCUGCGGAAGCGGUGGAGCCUGAUGUUGACGCGGGCAAGGCUGCGGGCAAGGCUGCGGGCACACCUGUGGUAGCAGCAGCAGCAGAAGCAGUUGAAACUUAAUUAUUUUUUCCCCCAUGUAUAGUAUUAUAAGUUUACACUUGUAUAAAAACCAGCAUAUGAUAUACUAAAUG